AUGAAGUUAGCCACUCAUGUUGGCCAUUACAAUGCUCCAAUUGAUGAAGAAGUUAAAAUGGAAGACGGGCACAAGUUCCAGGAAGUUCAAAAGCCAAAAUAUGAUUGUCUUUUGUUUGAUCUUGAUGACACCCUUUAUCCUUAUAGUUCUGGAAUUUGUGAGCAAAUAGCAAAAAAUAUCGAAGAGUAUAUGAUUCAAAAAAUUGGGAUGGAGGCUGAUAAAGUUGCAGAAUUAAACGUUCCCUUGUACAAGACUUAUGGGACAACCAUGGCUGGUCUAAGGGCAAUUGGCUAUGUCUUUGAGUAUGAUGAGUAUCAUAGUUAUGUUCAUGGGAGAUUGCCAUAUAAUGUGCUGCUGAAACCAGACCCUGUUCUCAGAGGCCUUCUGCAAAGCUUGCCUAUUAGGAAAAUUAUAUUUACAAAUGCAGAUUCGAACCAUGCAAUUAGUGCACUUAAAAGCCUGGGAUUGGAGGACUGCUUUGAACGAAUUAUAAGCUUCGACACUCUGAAUCCCUCCAACCACACCAAUCCUUCUUAUGACAAAGAUGGUUGUGAAUCCAGACCAUCCACCGCAGAAAUUUUGGACUUCUGUGAGCGUAUGCGCAGACUUGAUUCUGCUAUGGUGCUUCCAAGGACCCCACUUGUCUGCAAACCAUUUGAUGAGGCAUUUGAAUAUGUUUUCAAUUUGGCAGACAUUGAUCCUCAAAGAACAUUGUUUUUCGAUGACAGCAUCCGCAAUUUACAGACGGCCAAACGCUUGGGCCUCCACACUGUUGCGGUGGGUACAUCGGUUCGUACAGCGGGAGUUGAUUAUGCAUUGGAGAGUAUUCAUAACAUGAGAGAGGCAUUUCCAGAGCUUUGGGAUGCUGAGGAGAAGCACGAAUUUGUGCAGUACAAGGCUGGAAUUGAAACAUCAGUGAAAGCUUAG